AACUUAGUGUUGCCAUUCCUCCUCCCUCCUCCUCUUUUUUAGCCAUGCAAUUUUCUUCCUUUAAUAAGCACUUCCCCAGGGGCUUGCUCACUUCUGAUUAAAAUACUGGUUGGCUCCACCCCUUUGCUGUAAUGUGAUACAACUUUGCAGAAAGCAGGAAGUCUGGGGGAGAGUACCCUGCAUCAUUUCAUAAGAUGGAGUCUCCUGAAUUGGCUUUCACUAUUUGGCUAUUGGCCUGUGUUUCUGGACCUGCAGAUGGGUAUCCAAAUGGAAAAGUGACAGAGGCUUGCAGUAGUAUGAUGCCCCUCCAUGGGCAUUAUCCUCAGCUGACACCUAAGCACAUCAUUACAGCAAGUGAGACUGAAUUUAGACCAGGGGACCAUAUAAAAGUGACUUUGUCUGGGCCAGACUUUGAAGGAUUUCUCAUACAAGCCCGGGAUGCAGAGAACUUGGAUGGCCCUACAGUUGGCUCUUUUAUGUUAGUUGAGCAAAGCAUUUGUCAACUUCUGACAUGUAACCAUGUAAAGAACUCAGCUGUCAGUCACACUCACAAAUCAAAAAAGAACCAUUUAGAAGCUUACUGGAUUGCUUCCCCAAACGCACCAAAACACGUACAAUUUCUAGCCACAGUUGUGGAGAAGUAUCACAUUUUUUGGGUAAAGAUUCCUGGUCCUAUAAUUUCCCAACCUAAUGCCCCACCUUUAACCACAAUACCUACUACCCCAAAGACACAGCCAACUUCACAGCCUGUUUCUCAUCUAAUAAAACCAUUUAAUGCCUCAGGCUGUGGAUUUAUGAAGUUCUGUAUAAGGAAUCCUACAAACUGCAAUCCUGAGGCUGCCAACUGUUUUUUUCUGUCCUUCAAACCAGAUGGUCAUUCAGUUAUUAUAGAAAUGAGUGGCCCUAGUGAAGGGUAUCUAGCAUUUGCACUAUCCUAUGACCAGUGGAUGGGUGAUGAUGAUGCGUACUUGUGUGUUAAUGAAGAUCACCGUAUCAACAUCAAUACUGCCUUCCUGAGAGGACGGUCUUCUCCUGUGUUGGAUUCUGAGAAUACCCUUGAAGAUAUGUCAUGGAGGCUGGCUGAUGGUGUUCUUCAGUGUUCCUUCAGAAGAAAAAUCCAUCUCUCUGAUAAUCAAAGGAGGUAUAAUCUGGAUGUUAAUUAUUACAUAUUUCUCGCAGAUGGAGAAGUUGGUGAAGGAGGUCCAAUUUACAAACAUCAACGUCAGCCUCUGAUUAGCAACGGAAUGUGCAAUGUCACAGGCCCUCCGAAGGACUUAGGGGGAUCUCGUUCUCCACAGCUUAUUAAAAUCCAUGGUGCACUAAUGUUUGUUGCAUGGAUGACUACAGUUAGCAUUGGUGUUAUUGUGGCACGAUUUUUCAAACCAGUCUGGCCUCAUUCAUUGUUGUUUGGAAAGGAGAUCUGGUUUCAGGUGCAUCGUACGCUAAUGUUGACCACAGUGGCUCUUACAAGCAUUGCUUUCAUUCUGCCUUUUAUAUACCGAGGAGGCUGGAGUUAUAAAGCAGGUUUUCAUCCUUAUCUUGGUUGUACUGUGAUGGCUUUGGCAAUCUUCCAACCUCUUGUGGCUGGUUUCAGACCCUCUCCUCAUGGACCAAGGAGGCAGCUAUUUAAUUGGGUUCAUUGGAGCACUGGCACAACUGCUAGAAUAUUAGCUGUUGUGACUAUGUUCCUGGGGAUGGAUCUACCAGCGCUCAAACUUCCAUACCCAUGGGACACUUAUACAAUGAUUGGAUUUGUGGCAUGGCAUGUUGGGAUUGAUGUUCUUCUGGAGAUACAUGGCUACUGUCUCAUUCACAAAGUUGAGCUAAUAGAUGAUGAUAGGAUACAUAUUCUGCAGUCACUUACAUCUGUGGAAGCAGAGGGUCGUAUGUUUAAGCAGAUUGUAUUAACUAUCUACAUUUGUGGGAACAUAGCAUUUCUCAUCACCUUUCUGGCAGCAAUCAACCAACUAUGAAACCUGUACAGAUGUCAGUCAUGGACUUUAAAUGUGAAGCCUGCAAGGAAAUAAUGUGGUGUUUGAAGCACUACUCAGAGAAUUACUACAUAUGCAACCACUGCCUCAGUACCUCCUUGAAGCUAUAACUGAAGAAUAAAUGUUCAUGUAUAGAUCUUGUUUAAUUUGCACUGUAAUUAUUGUUCCCAAAGAGAACGCAAGUUCAGACUUAAAGGACUGAUCCUGCAGUCCUGCUGUAGAUACUUGCUUCACUUCUUCAUGGGAGUCUGGCUGAGUAAAGGAUACAGGAUUUUUUUUUCACAGUUAUUUAACUUUAUUGAAAAUUUAUAGGAUGAGUAAGUGAGAUUAGAACUAAAUAUUGGAAGGGGGAAAAUCUAUGUUUUGAUCUUUAGUCAGUUCUUAUAACCUUUUGUGUACAUAUUGAAAAAGCAAAUAGUGGUCCUAAAUUUGCUGUUAAUUGCUGAAUUUACCAGGUUGCUUAUUAAUGUACUUUAUGAUGGUGCUCAUUCAAAUAUGUUGUGUUCUAGUACUGUUCACAACACAUAGAACAAGUGCCACAAACACAAGUUUACCAGCUUAUGGCAAUGCAAUCCUUUUAAUUUGCAGUUAAAUGCAAAAACUACUACUUGCUCUAGGAGCACUUUCAUAUAUAAAAUGCAUAUAGAACUGAGAGGUAGGGUCCUGUAAUGGGUCUUUGUGUUGGUAUGAGUCUUGGUACCUCCAACGCACCUCAGAACAUAAAGGGAAUAUGUGGUGAUUUUUUUGCAGCAUGUAUGUUUUAUGUAGCGGCUGGAUGCUUCCUGUCUGAACUUGAGAAAAGUGUAUGGUAUGUGUGUGUGGGGGGUGGUAUUUUAUGUAAAAAGUAACCUUUGGUGCCUAUGUACAAAACUGUCUCUGGGCACCAAUGGCUUUACGUGUCAUAUCUGAAUAAGUGGAUUGCUUUUUAAAAGAGGCUUAUCUAAAUAGGGGAGCCAGGGUGUGGGUAGUUCUGGCAACCCUACGGUCAAAGCUACUUCUUUCUGGAUAUGCUACAAUACAAUACUUCUACCUCUCAAACCCUUGGUGGCUUGCUCUCAUGUAUUUUAUACUAAUUUCCAGUAUUACUAAGUGCAUAAAGAUCUAGGAAAUGUAAUGUCAUACUCUUUACUGCUUCUUCCCCCUCUCCCCGCUCUGUGAGUAUGGGGCCCAAUAGUAGCAAGGAUGGAGAGAUGAUACAAAACCUCUUCUUCUCUCCACUUGCCCACUAGAAACGGGUUUUAGUUAUGGUGUAACUGUACAAUAUCACAGAUGUGAAUUAAGUGGUGGCCUUAUUUCUCUCUUGUAAGGCAUGUGUCCCUAUUUUCUCAGGUUAGCCCUGAAUGCAGGGGGUGGCAGGAGCAGUUCUUAUGAGUAAGGCUAUAGACCGAAGCAGUUAAUUUAAGUUUCCUUCCUCUUGCUGUAUCCAAUAGUUAUCUUAGUUACAAGAACACUCCUAAACAGUAUGAUAGACAAGUGUACCCACCCCAGGCAGCAGCAGUCACUUUCUGGGGAGGGGCCAAGCAUGGAAGAACACUCUUUGUAGGGGAGAAAUGGAAAGAGGGAAACAUGUUGGGAACUAUACAAGAAUGGGAAUGGAGGGAAGUGAGCUUAUUGGUGACUAUCUCUUAGUUGAUAUUGGAGACCGCUUAUACUCAGGAGUCUGGGAAUUGCUGGCUAUCCUACUGUGUCACUUGGCCAGAUCUGAAAUUAUUGCCAGUUUUUUUGCAUAAAGUGUGCCUUUACAGAAGAUAUGUAGUUGUUGAGCCAGAUAUUUCAUACAGUGGGUUUUUAUUCUUCUUGGUGUCAAGGUUUUUGCAUAAUUUGUUAUAUCAUGAUGGCUGCUGUAUUGCCUAUUCAAACUUCAAAAGUGGUUCCAUGUUUGUAGAAUUAUGAAAAAAGUUCUUGUUUUUAAAUAUAAAUAUCUGAAUGUCAA